AUGUCGAGGCAGCUCAACAUGGACACCCUGCGGCAAAACUUCUGGAAGGAGGAAUACCUCAGAGAGAUGAAGUUGCGCUGUGAAUGGCACCGCAAGUAUGGGGCUCUGGUGAAGGCCAAACAGAGGGCUAAGGCCGCAGCUCGCCUGCCCCUCAAACUGCCCACCCUGCUGCCUAAGGCCCCGGACUCACCACCACCUGUCUCCAAAGUAACCCCUUCUAAGGCCCCCAGCCCUGUCCCAGAGGCUCCUUCACAGUCAGAAAUGUACCCAGUCCCACCUGACACCAAAGCCCUGCUCUAUGAAGGCAUCUCCCACGACUUGCAGGGACGCUACCAGUAUCUCAACGCCCGAAAACUGGACCUGCCAGAGACACGUUACCUGUUCCCCAUCACCACCAACUUCACAUAUGGCUGGCAGCUGGGCCCCCCAAUAAAGCAGGAAUUGGUCUCCUGCAAGAUGUGCCGCAUUGAGUCCUUCUUCCGUAAGAAUGGAGCCUUUGCGCUACUGGACCCCCGGGACCUGGCCCUCUGA